AAUUAGUUCAAUAUAAUAUUCAUUGCAUCAAAAACUCAAACAAAAACAAAAGUUUCAUAUGUAUAUGUAGUACAAUAAAGAUCCACAAAUUCAAAAAAAAAAAAUUAAAAAAAUGGAGCUCCAACUACUACCCUUUUCUUUCCCAAUAAUUUUCUCUACCUUCAUUUUUUUGUUUAUGGUGAUCAUCAUAAACAUACUCAAGAAAAGAAGUUGUUCAACACUCCCACCAGGACCAUGGCAACUACCCUUUGUGGGAAACAUGCACAAUCUUUUGGGGUCUUUACCCCACCAUACACUAAGAGACUUAGCCAAAAAAUAUGGCCCAUUUAUGUACCUAAAAUUUGGCCAACUUCCAACCAUAGUAGUCUCUUCACAAGAAUUUUCCAAAGAGGUGAUGAGAAAUCAUGAUGCUAGUUUUGCCUCAAGGCCACAAAAUUUGUACUCAGAGAUUAUGAUGUAUGGUAGUACUGACAUAGCCUUUGCUCCCUAUGGUGAGUAUUGGAGACAACUUAGAAAAUUAUGCAUGCAAGAGCUUUUGAGCAACACUAGAGUUCAAUCUUUUAGACACAUAAGAGAAGAGGUGAUGAAUAAUUUGAUUGAAUGGAUUGCUUCAAAUGUUGGAAAGCCUAUAAAUCUUAGUGAAAAGAUCAAAUCCUCGACGUAUGGCAUCACUUCGCGGGCUGCAUUCGGAAACAAAAGUGAAGGCCAUGAAGAGUUCAUAUCAAUUGUGGAGCAAACUGUGCCAUUAACAGCAGGGUUUGAGUUUUCUGAGCUUUUUCCUUCUCUUAAAUUUUUUGCUUUGAUUAGUCCUUCAAGGUAUAAAUUGGAGAGAUUGAAGCAAAGAUCUGAGAAGAUUGUUGAAAGGAUUAUCCAAGAACAUAAAGAUCAGAAGAAGAAGAAGAACAAUGAAAGUGCAACACAUGAAGAUUUUGUUGAUGUUCUUUUGAAGUUUCAGGACAGAAGUGACCUUGGUUUUUCCUUCACAAUUGACAAUGUCAAAGCAGUCAUUUGGGAAAUCUUUGCUGCAGGGAGUGAGACAUCAUCCUCAGCCGUAGAUUGGGCAAUGGCGGAAAUGAUAAGAAACCGAAGAGUAAUGAAAAAAGCACAAGAGGAAGUGAGACAAGUGUUUAACAAAAAAGGCAAAGUUGAUGAAGCAGGAAUUAGUGAUUUGAAAUACUUGAAAUCAGUAGUGAAAGAGACUCUAAGAUUGCACCCUUCUGCACCAUUGUUACUCCCAAGAGAAAGCAGUGAGAAGUGUGUUAUCAAUGGCUAUGAGAUACCAAGAAUCAUAGUUAAUGCAUGGGCAAUUGGAAGAGAUCCUAAAUAUUGGACGGAACCCGAGAGUUUUAUGCCCGAAAGAUUUGUUGAUAGCAACAUUGAUUUCAAGGGGAACAAUUUUGAGUAUAUUCCAUUUGGCGCGGGAAGAAGAAUAUGUCCCGGCAUAUCAUAUGGUGUCCUCAAUAUUGAGCUCCCACUUGCAUUUUUGUUGUACCAUUUUGACUGGAAACUCCCCUAUGGAUUGAAACAUGAAGAUUUGGACAUGACUGAGUUGUUUGGUGUAUCAGUUAGAAGAAAAGAUCAUCUUAGUGUGAUUCCUAUUGCUUAUGAUGAUUUAAAAAUUAAUUCACAAGAAGGGUAAAAUUAACAUCAUUAGUUUGUUUAAUGAUCGUUGUGGAUUGUAAUGUUUGUAAAUAAGAGUACGUAUUAGUGAUAUCAAUUAGGGCUCGUUUGGAACGCCGUAUUAUGUCGUAUUGUAUUGUAUUGUAUUAUAUUGAAUUGUAUUUUAUGCAAUAUUUUUAUGUAAAA